UGGGUCCUGCUUCCUCCCGGUCCUACGGAUGAGGAUUUUUAGACCGUGGAGACUGCGCUGCCCUGCCUUGCACCUGCCCUCACUUCCCGUGUUCUCACUCAAGUGGAGAUUGCCCUCCCUUGCCACUGACGAGACCAUGUGUAAAAGUGUGACCACAGGUGAAUGGAAGAAAAUCUUCUACGAGAAGAUGGAGGCGGCAAAGCCGGCUGACAGCUGGGACCUCAUCAUCGAUCCCAACCUCAAGCACAAUGUGCUAGCCCCAGGCUGGAAGCAGUACCUGGAGUUGCAUGCCUCAGGCAGGUUCCACUGCUCCUGGUGCUGGCACACCUGGCAGUCGCCCCACGUGGUCAUCCUCUUCCACAUGUACCUGGACCGCGCCCAGCAGGCAGGCUCGGUGCGCAUGCGCGUCUUCAAGCAGCUGUGCUACAAGUGCGGCACGGCGCGGCUGGACGAGUCGAGCAUGCUGGAGGAGAACAUCGAGAGCCUGGUGGACAACCUCAUCACCAGCCUGCGCGAGCAGUGCUAUGAGGAGAGAAACGGCCAGUACCGCAUCCACAUGGCCAGCCGCCAAGACAACCGGCGGCACCGCGGAGAGUUCUGCGAGGCCUGCCAGGAGGGCAUCGUGCACUGGAAGCCCAGCGAGAAGCUGCUGGAGGAGGAGGCGACAACCUACACCUUCUCCCGGGCUCCCAGCCCCACCAAGCCGCAGGCCAAGGCGGGUUCUGGCUGCAAUUUCUGCUCCAUCCCCUGGUGCUUGUUUUGGGCCACGGUCCUGUUGCUGAUCAUCUACCUGCAGUUCUCCUUCCACAGCUCCGUCUAAGAUUCCCUUGUUGGGCCCAGGCAGAUGCUAGGGGCCCAAGGCCUGAGAGGCCAGCCAACUGGUGGGAGGGGGUGAAGAGAGACCUGGGUUGGGAGUGGGGAUAAGUUCUAGAGCCGGUGCCACCACUGACUCAGUGGGGACCCAGGACAAAUCACCCUGCUUUUCUAUCUAUAAAAGUAAGGGUUUGGGCUAGAUCAUUGGCUUUUCAAAGUGAGGCCCAGGACCCCCACGUUCUGCAUAGGUGCCUCGGGGCUUUUGGAUUUGGAAGGGGUGAGUGAGUGCGUUUCCCAUCAUGGUCAAACCGCCCAUCCCCAACUCCUACCUCCUCCUCUAGAGCAGCUCCAUGUUAGAUGGAGUUUAUUUAAGAGUUUUGUAUGAAAAAGGUCCAACUGCGUUUAAAAAGUUUGAAAAUUACAGGGCUAGGUGUGAUCUCAAGGGGCCUUUCCACAGCAAUGAGCUCCUCCUUGCUUUCUCAUUAACCCCAGCCCUACUCUCCGUUAUUGCCCACAUCCAGAGCUGCAGCUUUACAUUAGCCUCUGCCUGGUGUAUGGGUCUCAUCCAUAGCUCUAUCUCCAUGCACACAGCAGAGGUUCCUCUCGAAGGGAGAGAGGUGGAGGCGCUAGGCUGCCCCUUUGUUCCUGGGUACGCGGGGUCCCUCGUUUCUGUUUUCCACACUCCCAGUUUCCGGCUUCCCUCCACUCAGGGUGGAUUCUGGGGCCUGUCUGGUGCCCAGAUGGUGCUUGGGGUGGAGUCCCAUAGAGCUAGGCUCCCCACCCACUGCACGUGAACCAUCAGAGAAUUUAGGAGAGGUUCAGAAGGUAGGAUGUUAGAAGCAAAGCACAAAAUCCCUAGGAAACAAAUAUAAUGACUCUCCAUUACAAUGAAGAGUCUUCAGAGUUCAGGAACCAAGUCGGACUGAUUCUCAGUGGUUCUGAUGGUCAGAGUACCGGAAGAGGGGCCUGGCUUCUUGAGCUAUUUGCUGAAACCCUCGUUGAGAGGCUUUCUCAUAUGGGCCAGGCAUGGGCCUGCUCACCAAAGAUCAGCGGUCCACCUAGAACCACAGGGAUGGGUGCCCAUUAGUAAGAGAGGGAGCAUGAAAGAUGGGAAGUGUUUUGCCCUAGAGAAGUGCAUAGAUAGGUGGGAGAAUCCUAAUCGCCUUCAAACGGGAUGCCAUAUGGUGUAGAAAGGGAGGAGAGGAGACUUUCUGAUGGGAGGGGUACAGACUGUGAUUUGGGGAAGGGAGGCAGAAAGCAGGAAGUGGGACGCUACCCUGUACCUUUGAGGGUCCUCGUCCACCCCACCUUUGUUAAUAACUUGACUCCUUCUCCUUCCCCCACUGCUCCCCUUUCUAAUGGGAAGUCACCACCUACCAUCUGUAGUGGUGGAGGGAGGAGGGCCACUUAUAUAAAGACAGGGUACUUUA